ACAUAUUCCUCCCCUUCUCAUCCUCCUCUUCCUCCCGUAUUUCUCGCAACCCCUCCUUCCCCCUCCCCCUCACACUUCGUCUUACGCUCUCUCUCUCACCUACUGUCUAUCAGUUAACUUUUAUCCCCUGCUUGUAAGCAUCACUCGUUCCUUUCUCACCACAUUUAUGGAGGAUGUGAGGGCGACUCACCUGCAUUGGAAGAUCUCGCAAGACAGAGCAAUUUCCAGAGCAAACAGGAAGUGCAGCUGUUUACAACAGAGGCAAGCGGCGGAGGACGACGAAGAAGAAGAAAGAGAUAGAGAAGAAGAGAAGAAGAAGAAGAAGCUACGCCAAAAGCGGCGGCUGACUGUCCGUCCUCUCGGCUCUUAGGACACUUCGUAUUUCAGAGUCGCAUCCCACAACAGAUGACAACAACAACAACAACAACAACAAUAACAAGAAUAGCCUCAACAACAACAACAUAAACAGCUGCAAUCAGAAAAACCAAGCAAAAGUAACGCUGACGACGAUAACAACAACAACAACAACAACAACCGUUUCUUUAUUAGUCAAAAUAAUAAUAAUACUAAUAAACUCUGAGAACCUUUCCUCCACUCACACAAACCAAUAAAAAGAGAUAUCUGUUUGUACAAAGAUCUCAAGCUGGUGCGACUGCGAUUCGAACCUAGUUCUUGCAUUCUAAACAAAUAGUCAAACAACCGAACGGAACAGAACAACAUUCAACACUAGAUAACCAAAGCCACCCCCACCAAAAGGUGCAAUUGUGUGCAAUAGCACGGGCGGGCAUCAUGCAUUUGGGGUGCACUAGCGGAGUUUGGUGUAGGUACCCGUCGGUGGUCAGCCGUAACCAGCGUGGAUGUAAAAUGCUGCUGUUCAGCUUCUGGUUCGGCCUUACAGUUCUCCAGUCAAUGGACACGGCACAUGGUUACUACACGCUGCCGUUGGAUACGGCUAAUCAAUUCAACGGUGAAUAUCUGGACCAGGUCAACAAUGAGAACUACCAUAGAGAUGGUACAGUAAUUCCAAAACACACUCAUAAAACACAUUCCGGUCACUUGAAACUGCUGAAACUAAAAAAUUCAGAUUUUAGAGACCCCACAUCCUGGCAUAACCCUACUAUUUUAGAUAAUGACAGGAACAACAACAAAGCUUGGAUCAGACCGAACCUGCAGUCAAAUAUAGAACAAGUGGCGAAAACAAACUCUCAAGAGAGGACACUGCAUUUACAAGGGAACGAGGAUCGGAUUAAAACAGUAGGGAGUUCAUAUAAACAGCGGGAGCCUGAAGGCAAGACCCCUUUACAGCUGUUUGAUGGAGAGACAUUAGUAAAUCCACAAAGCAAGGAUCACUACGACGCAUAUAUACUAAGUAUUUCUCGAAAUAACAAUGAAAUCGGUAAAGAGAUUCUGCAUCCAUACAGAUCUGGGGACUCAGGUGUGAGUACCCAGAAACAGAAUGAUACUUCAAAAAACCCCAGUGCUGAAAAACAUAAACAGAAAGUUGAUGAAUCAGGAUAUAUUCCAAUGCAUGAUAUUUACUUCAUAGCGAUUAUAGCCGCGUGCAGUGUGGCUGGAUUUGUGGGUAUCAUUGUAGCUGCAGUUUGUUGGUACAAGUUACAGGCCAAUGUGAAAGCCAGUUCAGGCGUUGAUUACCCAGCCUAUGGUGUGACUGGGCCCAACAAAGAACGUCUACCUUCCCCUGGAGACCGCAAGCUUGCACAGAGUGCACAAAUGUACCACUAUCAACACCAGAAGCAACAAAUGAUUGCACUUGAAAAAGCCAAUGGAGAAAUGAAGCACGAUGCAUCAGAUGAUGAGUCUGAAGAUGAUAACGAAGAAGGAGACUACACUGUCUACGAAUGUCCCGGAUUGGCACCCACUGGAGAGAUGGAAGUGAAAAACCCGCUUUUCAGUGAUGAAUCCUCCACCUUCCCUCGGACCAACUCACUUGGAAAUGGAUCGGCUGUCCAUCAGGUGGCUCCGGUUAAGGAUGGUGAUUAACAAUGAUGCUGAUGCCAAUAUGAGCUGACAAUUUAGAAAUAUUCAACACCUGGC